UGCAUCUUUGCCAAACAUUGUGGGCUGCGGGAAAUAACGUGUUUCUCUCCGGGAAAAAAUCACCACAACUGCACAAUUUUUGCUCAAUAGUUUUGUUUUGAGCAUCAUGGCAGAGAGCGAAGUGGACACGCCAAGCACUCCGAUAGAAUACGAGAGCAAGUACUUCGAGCAUCAUGGAGUUCGCCUGCCUCCCUUCUGCAGGGGGAAGAUGGAGGAGAUCGCCAACUUCUCCCUCCGAAGCAGCGACAUAUGGAUCGUCACGUAUCCCAAGUCAGGGACCAGUCUUCUCCAGGAGGUGGUGUACUUGGUGAGUCAGGGGGCUGAUCCAGAUGAAAUCGGCCUCAUGAACAUCGAUGAGCAACUUCCUGUCUUGGAGUAUCCUCAGCCAGGUUUAGACAUCAUACAGGAACUGACAUCGCCCAGGCUGAUUAAGAGCCACCUCCCGUACCGGUUCCUGCCUACAGCCAUGCACAACGGAGAGGGCAAGGUGAUCUACAUGGCGCGGAACCCUAAGGAUCUAGCGGUGUCCUACUAUCAGUUCCAUCGCUCCCUGCGCACCAUGAGCUACCGUGGAACCUUCGCUGAGUUCUGCCGUCGCUUCAUGAAUGACAAACUGGGAUACGGCUCCUGGUUUGAGCAUGUGCAGGAGUUCUGGGAGCACCGCAUGGACUCCAACGUUCUCUUCCUCAAAUACGAGGACAUGUACAAGGACCUGGCAACACUGGUCGGGCAGCUGGCACGCUUCCUGGGUGUGUCAUGUGACAAAGCCCAGCUGGAGGGAUUGGUGGAGAGCUGCAGCCAACUCAUCGAGCAGUGUUCCAACUCCGAGGCCCUGUCCAUGUGCAGAGGCCGCGUGGGUUCGUGGAAGGAAGUCUUCACCGUGUCGAUGAACGACAAGUUUGAUACUGUGUACCGACAGAAGAUGGGCAAGAGUGACCUGACCUUUGACUUUGGUUUAUGAGGAGUCUCAGUGUCACCUCAACCCACAAUAUCACCCACAGCCUCAGUCAAACAACCCAGCUGACGUCAUGUCACGUCACGUCACGUCACAAUAUCCAAACUGCCCUGCUGAUCUCACUUCACGUUAUGUUGGGCUGCACGCGUCACAACAUCCAUCCAGCAGCGAGCCAAUCACAGAGACCCUGGCAGCUCAUGCCUGUCUAGCGGCCAACCACCUUAGCCACCAGGGGAGCCUCUGGGAGCUGAAGAACCACCAGGUGACCAAUGAGGGAUCAGUCACCGAUGUCUCUAUUCAGCUGCAGGCUACUAGGGUUAACUAGCCACUCUGAUCUAACCCUAACUUAACCUAAACAUAACCCUUAACCACCCUUAUCUGACCCUAACGUAACCUAACCAUAACCCUUAGCUACCCUGAUCUGACCCUAAAUUAAUCCUAACCUAACCAUAACCAUGCAGGCUCCUAAGGUUUACUAACCCUAAUCCAAUCUAACCAGAACUGUCCAGGCUCUUUCCUCAACCCUGCCUGUGUCAGACUGCCUCUGAUCAUCUCCAGCAAUCCCCAAACUUCUCUUACCCCUUACCCCUGGCCCUAAACUUCUCUUACCCCUGGCCCCAACCCUCUCUUACCCCUGGCCCUAAACUUCACUUACCCCUGACUCUAAACUUCUCUUACCCCUGGCCCCAGCCCUCUCUUACCCCUGGCCCUAAACUUCACUUACCCCUGACUCUAAACUUCUCUUACCCCUGGCCCCAACCUUCUCUUACCCCUGACUCUAAACUUCACUUUAACCCUGGACCUUGAUGUCAAACUUUAACCCCAGAGCCUCUAGACUCCUUGACUUUAGCUUAACCUUCACUUUAACCCCUGAGCUUAACCUUCACUUGGACCCUCAUCAUCUGAGACUGCCUCGUGCCAUGUUGUCCCUCAGAUAUGUUCUUCUAUUUCUGGAACCCAUUAGAAUCAGGGUCAGGGUUUGGGGUCAGGGUGCAACUUAAGGGGUCACCCAUACGUUCGUCUGGCAAAGACAGGGAGAGAUCUGCAUAAAGCCUAACCCUAGAACCUUAAGUUCUUCACCUAGAGCCUGACCCUAGGACCCUAGGUUCUUCAACUCAUCACACUUCACCUGGAUAGAUAGAAGUUAUCACCCUUUGUAGGACCAGAUUAUUGUUUCAGUUUUCUCUGAACAUCAGUAGUUUCUUUGUCAUGAAGGGAGUCAAAAUGCACUGGAACGGUGUAGCUCUUUCCAGGCCAAAUCAAACCCACGCCGUGAACCAAAUAUCCAUACUCAUCCAUCUUAAAAACAUAUCCAAGACAACCCCAGAGCCAACACCAAAUAUCUAGGAGACAUAACCAGAAACAUAAACCAGAACUACACCAGAGACCCAAACCAAACUCAGAACCUACACCAGAGAGAUGGACCUCAUCCCUCCCCGCGUAUUCAAAUAUAUCCCUCAUGUUGAAACCUAACUGACCCCUGACCUCAGCUGUUCAGAUGACUCCUGACCUCAGCUGUUCAGAUGACCCCUGACCUCAGCUGUUCAGAUGACCCCUGACCCCAGCUGUUCAGAUGACCCCUGAUCUCAGCUGUUCAGAUGACCCCUGACCUCAGGCUGAUACCAACACACAGAGAAUACUAGCAUUCCACACCUUUGCAGUGUGUUCGUGUGUGCAUUUGGUAUCAUCUGCCAUUUGACGGAAAGUCUUAGAAUAAGGCACCUGAGUGUGAUAUAGGUUUUAUAUCCAUCUACAGCAUUUCCAGUAUGUGCAAUUACACAUGCUGUCCUGCAGAGGUCAGGCCUGAGGGGGUGGCCACAGUUAACUCUCCCACUAGCCAUCGUUGCCACAGCAACAUGUUCAUUGUGUACGUGGAAUUGCUCCCCUUCCUUGCAGCAAAGCAUUCAGGAGUAGAUGGUUGUUAUGGUACCGGCUACCGUACAAUACUGUCUAAGUUGUGUCUUUGCAUCUUCUGUUUAUGUUAUAGAAGACUGUGUGUGUGUCUCUGUGUGUGUGUGUGUGUGUGUGUGUGUGUGUGUGUGUGUGUACCCACCAGCGGCCAUAGAACUCUCUCAUAAAUAAAUACACUCCUGACUUUAUCAAUUCACUCUGGAGUUAAUCAGUACACAUGAGUUAAUCAAUACACUUCUGAAUGUUGGAAUUGAGUGUGUUAUCAGGACAUCCCCUCUCACACACACAGACUCACCCCCCCCCCCCAAACACACACACAUUCACAGACCCCCCCCCAGAAACACACACACUCACACACACACACAUUGCGUGCCCAAUGCGCUGUGUAUGCAGCUGUGUGUGUGUUAUCUCUCUGACUCUCUGCACAUGUGGCCUGAAUGUCAAAUGAUUGUCUGCUGGCAUCACAUGCUCCAUGUUUGACUUGUGUUUUGUCAUGUCGCUUUUAAAGAAUCGUUAAGCCUCAUUUAGGAAUCUUUUAUGCCUGUGUUUUAGUUUAAUAAUAAAGCUCUUUCUUCAGAC